GUCAGACUGGCGUUCUUCGUUCCUACAUCCUACAGCUCGGCGGAGGGGAGGAAGUCUUCAAAGACUUCGAGUGCGCUUUAUGACGGCUUUGGGAGAACAGAAGCAUCACACGACUCUCAUCACCACCACACCAGCAUGUCUUAUCCUGCUUUGACCGGCGGCGGCACUGGCCGCAACAUCGACCACAGCAGAACCGAGUCCGAUCUGGCCAUCAACAUCCGUAAAGCCACGAGCAUCGAAGAGACGGCGCCCAAGCGAAAACAUGUCCGAAGCUGCAUUGUCUACACCUGGGAUCACAAAUCCUCCCUAUCCUUCUGGGCGGGCAUGAAGGUUCAACCCAUCCUCGCAGACGAAGUCCAGACCUUCAAAGCCCUCAUCACAAUCCACAAAGUGUUGCAGGAAGGACACCCAGUCACGGUGAAAGAGGGUCAACAAAAUGUCAAUUGGAUAGAGAGCCUGGCAAGAGGUGUGACGGGUGAAGGCUUGAGAGGAUACGGACCUCUCAUCAGAGAAUACGUCUUCUUCCUCCUUGCCAAAUUGGGAUUUCACCGACAACAUCCAGAGUUUAACGGACUAUUCGAAUAUGAGGAGUACAUCAGUCUGAAGUCAAUCAAUGAUCCCAAUGAAGGCUACGAGACAAUUUCAGAUCUGAUGACUCUGCAAGAUCAGAUUGACACAUUCCAGAAAUUGAUCUUCUCUCACUUCCGCGGUGGUGCGAACAAUGAGUGCAGGAUUGCAGCCCUGGUGCCUUUGGUACAGGAAAGCUAUGGCAUUUACAAGUUCAUCACCAGCAUGCUGCGAGCGAUGCACACCACCACCGGCGAUGACGACGCGCUCGAACCCUUGCGCUCGCGGUACAACGGCCAACAUUACCGCCUGGUCAAAUUCUACUACGAAUGCUCCAAUCUGCGAUACCUCACAUCCUUGAUCACCGUUCCCAAACUCCCCCAAGACCCUCCUAGCCUCCUGGCCGAAGAUGAAGAAAAGCCUGCGCUACCCAGACGACCACAGAAAGAGAUCGAGCGUGCUCCUUCCCCUGUGGCCAAGAAUGGCACUCCAGAUCCAAAAGAUAUGGACGAUUUCUGGUCAAGAGAAGCGCAGAGACAACAAGACGAGUAUGAAGCAGAGCAGCGACGUCUGCAGCAGCAAUGGGAGGAACAACAGCGUCAGCAAAUGCUUGCUCAGCAAGAUGCGCAGCGUGCUUUUGAGGAGCAGCAGAGAAUGCAGGCCGAGCAGCAACGACUGGCGCAGGAACAACUAAUGCGCGAUCAGUAUGCUGCACAGACUCAGGGUCGCAUGGCAGAACUGGAGCGGGAGAAUCUGAAUGCACGCGCACAAUAUGAGCGCGACCAGUUGAUGCUCCAGCAAUACGAUCAACGCAUGAAAGCCUUGGAGGAACAACUACAACAGCUGAACAACAAUUUUCACAUGCAAUCGCAGUCCAAGGACGAUCAAAUUUCUGCUCUGCAGGAGCAAGUCAACACAUGGCGGUCGAAGUACGAAGCUCUGGCGAAACUGUACUCUCAAUUGCGUCAAGAGCAUCUCGACCUGUUGCAGACCACCAAAUCAUUGAAACUGAAGGCGGCCUCAGCACAGGAAGCUAUUGACCGCCGAGAACGACUCGAACGCGAAAUGAAGACCAAGAAUCUGGAAUUGGCCGACAUGAUCAGAGAACGCGACCGAGCUCUGCAUGAGAAAGACCGUUUCCAGGGCGGGCAUCGUGAGGAAGUUGAAAAGCUGAAGCGAGAAUUGCGAUUGGCCAUCGAACGAGCCGAAAAUGCAGAGCGAUCCAAAGGUUCCGAACUGUCGUCCAUGCUUGCCAAGUACAAUCGUGAGAUGGCCGAUCUCGAAGAGGCUGUACGAAGCAAGACAAGACAGCUCGAGGAGAUCCGGUCGAAACAUGGCGAGCGCAAUAUGGACCAUGAAGCAGUUCUCCGCGAGAAGGACGACGAGAUCGAGAUCUACAAGUCUGGAAUGGAGCAAGCUCUGGAAGAACUCGAAGAGCUCAAAUUGAACGGCGGCGAGGCUGACGGUGCGCUGGACGGCGCCAUUGACGAAGUCAUCAAGAGCAACGUCACCAAGAUCCACGACAUUAUCGAUUCCGUUCUUCAAAGUGGUGUGCAAAGAGUUGACGACGCCAUGUACGAACUCGACUCUCCUAUGCAAGCCGGUAACCAGAAUGCAACGGCACCGUACGUCUUGUCUCAAAUUGAGAAGGCGUCCGCUAGUGCAACUGAAUUCUCGACAGCCUUCAAUAACUUUGUGGCCGACGGACCGAACAGUGACCACUCGGAAAUCAUCAAGACAGUUUCGGUCUUUGCAGCAUCCAUAGCUGAUGUCCUUUCCAACACCAAGGGCUUGACUCGAUUCGCGACCGAGGAGAAGAAGGGAGACGAAUUGAUCAACUCUGCUAGGCAAUCGGCGCUGUCGACAAUUAAUUUCUUCCGCAGCUUGCAAUCCUUCCGGCUUGAAGGCCUAGAACCAAUGCAGAAGAGCGACGUCGUGAUCAACAACAACCACGAGGUCCUGAUGAAGUUGCAGCGACUGUCCAAGCUCGCUGACGCUUUCGCGCCGAAGGGCAGCAAACUCAGCACGACAGGCGAUCUCGGCGACCUGGUGGAUUCGGAACUGACGAAGGCUGCCAAUGCCAUCGACGCUGCUGCUCAACGUCUGGCGAAGAUGAGGAACAAGCCUCGCGACGGGUAUUCCACGUAUGAACUGAAAGUCAACGACAUAAUCCUCGAAGCGGCCAUCGCGGUGACCAAUGCAAUUGCACAACUCAUCAAGGCAGCGACAGAUUCACAGAACGAGAUUGUGCGCGAGGGCCGUGGCUCUUCGUCCCGAACGGCGUUCUACAAGAAGAACAACCGCUGGACGGAAGGCCUGAUCAGCGCGGCGAAGGCGGUGGCCAGCUCGACAAAUACCUUGAUUGAGACGGCGGACGGUGUGAUCAACGGGCGCAACAGUCCCGAGCAGUUGAUUGUGGCGUCAAACGAUGUUGCUGCCAGCACAGCGCAGCUGGUGGCUGCCAGCAGGGUGAAGGCCAGUUUCAUGUCCAAGACGCAAGAUCGACUGGAGCAAGCGUCGAGAGCGGUGGGUGCGGCGUGCAGAGGGCUCGUCCGGCAGGUGCAGGAUAUCAUCAAGGAGAGGCAGCGUGAUGAGGGCGAGAGUGUGGACUAUGGAAGUCUCAGUUCGCAUGAGUUCAAGGUCAGGGAGAUGGAACAACAGGUCGAAAUCUUGAAACUCCGGAAUUCUCUGGAAGCGGCGCAGGCGAGACUCGGUGAGAUGCGGAAGAUUUCGUAUCGCGAGGAUUGAGACUACCUGGCUGGGGGUCUGCUGUGGGUUCGAACGGAACGGUAAACGGGCGUCUGCAAGCAAGCGAGUGAAGGAAUUGAAGGUUCGUUGGCCCUGUGGUCCUCGGUCAGCAAUGCAUUCCAACGGAGCAAGUGGUCAACAGCAUGGGGUUGGAAGGAUGGCUGUGCAAGCAUACGAAGCCGGAUGCCGUGCCAUGCAGAGCAUUGCUUUGUAGAAUGAUACCAUGGUCAUCCGUUCGCUGCCGUCCAGAAAGCCGGCCAGUGUGUAUGUGCACUCUCCUGCGGUGCAGAACUGAGUCGUCGUUCCUCGUGAGCUUCAUGCUCGACUGGUGAGAUUGAGGCCCAUCCUGUUGAGUUUCUCCCUCUUGUUUGCUCCGACUGCGGCGCUGCGCUUCGGGUAGGCCACAGGUUCGUUCAAUGCUGUGGCAUCGUGUAGGAGGAUAUCCGGUCUCUUCCUGGUCAGGAUGGUCCCGUUCUCGUGGCCUUGCCCUUUUCAUUGCCGUGGCCUCGUCGUGGUCUCGCCCUUGCACGUGUCCUUGGUGGUGACGGCGUUUAUCCAGAUAGACAGCGCAAGCAAACGAAGGGAUGCGGGAUGGAAACUUUGGC